GAUAGACCCGACGCGUUGGCGCUGAAAGUGCAGUCGUUAGUUGAUGCUAAACAAUACAAGUUUAAAGAGCGAGCGAAUUUAUAUAUGAUUUCAAUUUUCAAUCGGCCGAACUGGCCUGGUCUUUUCAUAUUUGGUUACUUGCUCCAUGGUUCCAGUUCUUAAAUUCUCAUAAUAUAUAAUUGCUUGUUAAGUACACCAGUCACAAUAUCAGUUAGCUUAGCAUUAAUUAGGCGACAUGAAUUCUUUACUUCAUUCAAUAAUCCAUAUCCAUAGACGAUUCUAUUUAUAUAUAGGACCCAAAAUUAAAGGUUGCCACAUUCAUAUCGAUCACAGUCUUGCAGUCUAACUUGCGAAGGCCAUGGCCGAGGAACUCAUAGCUAGCAGCGGCGUGGGUAUCUGGUGGUCCAACUGCAGUGUCGAUGGCUUCAUGAUCUCCGCGCCGGUUUCGUGCUCGGCGCAGCACACCAGCUCUAACAAUGCUAAUGGAGGCUUCUGGAACUCAGCUGCCCUUGACACUUCCGACGAAGCCCCUCUCUCCGACUCCAUGCUCGCUGCGUUCGACUUCUCCAUACCUGAACUAUAUGGCUGUAGUGAGACUUCACUCCACUCGGAGCAGGGGGAUUCUAGUCGCAGUUUUCAAACUCAGCAAGUUUCACAAUUCCAAACUGAUCAAAACACUUUGAAAUGGGAUGGUUCUCAUCAAAUUUUAUUCCCAGAAGGCUUCGCUUUGCCAGAGGUCGACGGGGAACUGCAGCAGCAGCUGCAGCCAGUUGACACCAGCAGGUGCAUGGCUUCAGUGGCAAAGGUUAGUAGUGAGACUGAACCAGCGUUAAAGAAGCAUAGAAUUGAGACACCAUCAUCAAUGCCUACAUUCAAGGUUAGGAAAGAGAAGCUGGGUGACAGAAUCACGGCGCUUCAGCAAUUGGUCUCACCUUUCGGAAAGACAGAUACCGCAUCAGUGCUUCAUGAGGCAAUCGAUUACAUAAAGUUCCUUCACGAUCAAGUCCGGGUUUUGAGUGCUCCAGACUCAAGGAAUUGCAGUCACAUCCAAAAAACUAAUGAAGACCUUACUAACCGAGGGCUAUGCCUUGUUCCAGUUUCAACUACAUUUGCUCUUGUUAGAGCCACCGAAAGCGAUUUAUGGAAUUCAUUUCAAGGAGGAAUGAGGUCUACUGGUGAUGAAUGAAAAUGAUCCUCUGCAGUAAGUGUUAAUUCUGUUCGCAGCAUACAAAGAAGUGGUUGAGGAAUGAUGACGGUGCAUGAUAACUAGAUAAUUCUAGGAAUGACUUUUGAAAUAGCAGUACAAGUGUCCUUUAGUAUUUCGGUUAGUAUAAAUAAACAAUUGUAUGGUGAGGCUAAACUAUUAACAACCAGCUGUUGCCCCAAAUAGGUCAGCUUUGCUGAGUUAACUAACAGAAAAGGAUCCAUCUCCAGCAAGAUUUAUCCUUUUCCCUCAGUAUCAAGUUGUAAGUCAGCUAUCAUUGAUUAAAGCAAGAGUCUUUGUAAUUGAUUA